AUGCCCCUGCCCUCCUCUCUCCUUUCAGGGUGCCAUCCCACUGCCAACGAGCCUGGCCCUCCCGGAGACGCUGGAGUUGUAGUUUUUUCCUCAGGCAUCACCUCUGGGCGUCUGAGGAGCGCUGUCCUCGGUGCUGAGGCGGCCGCCGCUCUGCCGAGCAGGAGCGCAUCCUCGGCGGCCAGGCCAGGCCAGGCCAGGCCAGCCGAUCGGUGGCUCUCUGCCUGCCGCGGUCCCGUCGUUCUGCACAACGCCCUGUGGCCGGCGGGGCAGCGGAGGCCCGCGCUAAAGCUGGUCCGGCAUGCGGCGCUGCCUGUGACGGGAGAGAUGGAGAAGAGCUGCCCGGAGGCCGGCGGCGGGAGCGCGGCUGCCGUGGGCGGAGGCGCAGAGCUGGAAGCCAAAGUCCAGAAGGCCGUGGACUUCAAGGCGGAGGGCCAGCGCUGCUACAAGCAGAAGAAAUUCCGCGAAGCCAUCGGCAAGUACCACCGGGCCCUGCUGCAACUCAAGGGGCUGGGGGCCGGGGGGCCGGCGGCCGGGGACCCAGCCGAGAAGAGCCUGCUGGGCAGAGCUGGCUGGCACCGGCUCACCGAGGAGCAGCGGGCGCUGGCCGAGAGCACCGAGAUCGAGUGCUACAACAGCCUGACAGCCUGCCUCCUGCAGUCGGAGCUGGUCAACUACGAGCGCGUGCGCGAGUACUGCCUGAAGGUGCUGGCCAAGGAGAAGAGCCACUUCCAGGCCACCUACCGCGCCGGCGUGGCCUUCUACCACCUGGGCGACUACGACAGCGCGCUGCGCUACCUGCGCCAGGCCCGGAGCCGCGAGCCCGCAGACACCAACGUGCUGCGCUACAUCCAGCUGACCGAGAUCAAGAUCAGCCGCUGCAGCCGGCGGGAGAAGGAGCGCAUCGCCUAG